ACCGGAACACCGGACUAAUAUGGACUCCGAAACGACGCGAACUCGGCUCUCAAGUAACGCACCGCGUCGCCAAGCGCUUAAUGUCUGCGCGCCAUGUCGAGAGAGGAUGACGAAGUUGUGAUGAAGCCAAACCUUUCUGCGGGCGAUGUAGAAGGUUGGGGCUGCAAUGUGCAUAUAUUGAAACCAUCACAUCAAAGAAGAAUCUCUCUGUAACAGAGUUGAAUGACACACUGAAGCGCAUGGAAGCCAAGCUGGAUACUCUGAUGGAGAAUGCACAGGAUCCUCGGACCACUACAGAUGAGCAGCCGCGUUCACAUGGCCAUCACUUCACGACGGCCGAGAACUCUGACGCGAUGGAAGUAGUAAGCCCGAUGAGUGUGUUUUCGCCCUCAAAACUGGGAUCGGUCCAGAUCCGGCAGGAACUCGCCAUCCCGGAAAAGCACUACACGGCACCGCAGCAUCUCCUAUCAUGGCCUUGCUCUCCACUCACUCUGACGGAGCUUGAUCUACGAUAUCCAGUCGCAUUGGAGAUCCAGCGGCCCAAGAUGCGCAGAACUAGGGCACCCCCACGGUGCCUUGCUGGAACUUCCUCACAAAGUCAAGAUUGGCUAUCCAACCUGUCACUGGCACAAUUGCGUGACCUAGCCGACUCUUACUUCAGUCAUUUCCAUCCUCAAUACCUUGUGUUGGACGAAGACCGAUUCUGCAGCCAUCAUCUCAACCAAGCUCUCAGGGUAGGGUUUGCUAGCAGUCUCGAUAGCUGUUUGGUAGCACUCGUCCUCUCCCUCGGCUCGGUAGCUGCGUGCCAGACCGGUAAAACAGAAUGGACCCAGUCUGACUCCGCAGAGUCCAUGCUAGAGCAUGAGGCCGACGUCGAAGAAACGGACUGGGUGGGCGUCCAGCGUCUUUUGCUCAUGGCCCUUUUCAACUCAUCCAUAUUCAGGAUCCACGACUCCUGGCGUUUCAUUCACAAGGCAUGCUCUGUGAUCAUGAUUCUACUGCCGCUGCAGGCGAAACUAGAGGCUCACCACUGCCAGCUGUACUGGAUUGCUUAUCUGCAGGAAAGUCAGAUCCUUGCCGAGUAUGACUUCCCGCCCAGCGGCUUGAGUAGUCUUGAAGGUUCAGUGCCCUUGCCACUACUUCCGGACUCCGGCGCAGACUCUCAAGGCAAAGACACUCAGUUCUUCUUCUUGGCACUUGUUGCUAUGAGGAGACUCCUGAACCGGAUACACUUUCACUUGUACAACAACAAAGAGAGAGUGCAAUCCCCCUCCCACUCCAUCGUGGGGGAACUGAAUCGUCAGAUUGAGGAGUGGAAGGCGUGUCUUCCAGCCGACCUCCAAUUCGAGACGCUCCCGCUCGCCGAAGAAGUCGAACUACUGUCCCCUCGUUCACUCAGACCAAUGCGACAAAGAUUGAGAGGACACCUCAAGGCACGCUACUGUGCCGCAAAGACGAUCCUCUACCGUUCUCACGUGUAUCGCUGUCUACAUCCCUCGGGGUCAUCCGCCCUAUCCGACGAAGAUGUUCAAGGCGCCAAGAUUGCAAUCUCCUCCGCCAUCAUCGGGGUGCUGCAUGGUGGGAUCCUCCAGGAGCCGUUUGGGCUCCUUCUGUUCCCCAUCAACUCUUGGAGAAUGCUUUUUGGACUCCAGAUCCAGAUUGAGCUCAUUCUGCAUAACGAUGAGCUGUCGACAGUCCUGCUGCCAGAAGGCUGGCAAAUCACGCUACAGGCUCGGGAGCUUAUCGACCCUGGACUUCACUUCCAUAUGAGCGAACAACUCUUCUUAGACACAUCUGUUGGCGACUAAAUUACCCUAGAUCAUGGCUGUCAAACAGCAUAAAUAGACCCGAGAGACCCGGGUGAAGAAGUCAUCCUCCUCACAGCCAUCCUCCGAAGUCUAAUCUGGCCUUCAUUUAGCCAACACGAUGGACUCCGAGUCUCUGCCCCCGCGGGCCCAGACGGUGGAAGAAAUCCUAGCCUCAGACACCCGCUCCGCCCUCUCCUCCCUCACCCCAUCUCUCAUCCGCCUCUACAGCAUCCUCGCACCAGCCUGCCUCGUAGUCUGCGCAACAAAACGGCUACGACGGCUCCGUCCUAACAGGCCUCCAAGGCGUCGCUGCAUGGAACCGCGAAUUCGGAAGCCCCAAGGGCGCCCUCCUCGGCUUCACCAGCGCCGCGUACCCCCUUUUCCGCCUUCGUCUCGGACCGCUUCGGGCGGAAAUGGUCCAUCC